CAAACUGCGCCGAAGGACGCUGAGAUCAGCAGCGCCAUCUCCGAGCGUGCGAACGCCCGCGGCGUCCGGGCAGAGGAACGCCGAUCGCCGCUGCAGGUGCAUCUUCGGUUGCGCGCUGGGACUUUGCAACUUCCUUCCGACUGAGUCGGGUUUCUUUUCGUUUCCGGUUCCUCGAAAAGGAUAUGGAAAUGCCCGUUAACGUGAACAUCCCCAUCUACUACCACAUGAAAAGUGAAAGCUGCCAGUUCCCGGCAGUGGACUUGGAGCUCUACGGACAGCCCACGAUGUUCGUCAUCAACACGUCGUAUUCCUCGUCCGUCGUCACCGAGUACCAAGCAAAGAAAUGGGGAGUCAUGGACAAGAUCGUCCCGAACCCUGAGGACGAAGACAUCUUAGGCACUCUCGACAUUGACAUCGAAGAUUCAUGCUUCUACCUAGACGUUGACGUCGAGAAAGCGCGCUGGAAUAUCCUGGGCUGCGACUUCCUCCGGUUCAACUGCUGCCGACUCGACCUCGACCCCCAGUUCCCCACGCUGACGAUCCGAGGUCCUUGCGACGAGGACGUGAUGUCCACCGCCCCAACGCGGCCCGCCAUCAUCGCCGGCACGGAGAUUGAUGUUCUUCUGGACACGAGUCAGGACAUCUUCGCGACCUGCAGCAGGGAGCAAGCCAAGGACAUGCCGCUGGAGAUGCCGGAAGACUUCUUCUUGUGGGAGGAUUUCGACGACGUCCUGGUGUCAUCCUGCGGGCGCGAGGCACAAGGGAUGCUGUGCGUGGACGUGGGUGACGAAGCCUACCUGGGACUCAAGUUCCUCCGCGGCGCCAUCUUCGAGUUUGAGCACGACGGAAAGGAUAAAGUGUCUUUCCCGAAGGCGAAAGAGAAUGACAUCGAGUGAUCAGUGCUUUGCUUGUUGGCAGCGUGAUUCUAUGAUCAGUGUAGUUUCAUAGGGAGGAGGAAGAAGGAAAAAGGAGGAGGAAGAGGGAAAAAGAAAAGGGAUGAGGGGGAGGAGGAGGGAGAAAGAAAAGGAAGGAGGAGGAGGAGGAUAUAGGAGAAAGAAAAGGAAGGAGGAGGAGGAGGGAGAAAGAAAAGGAAGGCUUUAAGUAUAGUUUUUCAGUGUCAAGUUACCAUAGCAAAAAGUGUCAAUUUAUUAUUAUUCGGAUCCCUACUGUCAGGGCGAGCAAAGUUAUUUCUAUCCUAAUGCAGUGUUUCAUAUCAUGGAAAAUUAGAAUACUAAUAUUUACUAAUCUCUAGAAAGGACGGAUAUAUCUCUUGCAUAUUCCCCGCAUUUACAGAGUAUCGUGUAUGCAAUGUUUUGUGCAAUGAAUGUUUGAAUUAACUGUAACGAAGACACGCUCAUUAAUGUUGCUUUGAUAGAAGUGACGACGUGCUUUAAAGGAGAUGUUAAGCACUAAAGAGAUGUAAUGAAGUGUUAGCGUGAAGUAAUUAAAGGAUAAAUAUUCGAAAUGUCAAAGGGGACUGAGUGGAUGGAG